AUGCUUUUUAUUAUUACUCAAAAUAUUGAAUCUCCCCAACAAUCAUCACAGGGAUCACAAAAUAUUAUUAUUGAAACUGGACGCUACCCUGAUCAAGUAAACAAUAGUAAAAGAAAACGUCAAAAACAAUACAGGGAGCGGAACAGAGAAAAAUUGAAACAUCGUGAAGCGGAAAGAAGAAAGCGUAUACAAUCUUCACAAAGCAUUAUCGGACCGUCUACCUCUUCAAACUCAAAUAUAAUGGAAGUAAAUAAUGAAAAACCAGCUGUCGCUGAUGUUAUAAGAACAUGUCUUGGACCACAAGCAAUGUUAAAAAUGUUGAUGGAUCCAACUGGAGGAAUAGUGAUGACUAACGAUGGAAAUGCUAUUCUUCGCGAAAUAACCGUACAACAUCCAGCUGGUAAAUCAAUGAUUGAGAUUGCUAGAACUCAAGAUGAAGAAGUUGGUGACGGUACUACUUCCGUAAUUGUUCUUGCCGGAGAAAUUUUGGCUACUGCUGAGCCAUUUUUAGAACAAGGAAUGCACCCAACUGUAAUUAUCAGAGCUUAUAGACAGGCUUUGGAAGAUAUGAUUGAAAUAUUACAAGAUAAAGUCAGUAUUGAUCUUGAUUGUAACGAUCGCAAUAAAUUAGUUGACGUUGUUAAAUCAUGUGUUGGUACCAAAUUCAUUGGGCGUUGGUCUGAUUUAGCAUGUCAAAUCGCUUUGGAUGCUGUUCAUACUGUUUUACUCGAAGAAAAUGGACGACGUGAAAUUGAUAUUAAACGUUAUGCGAAAGUAGAAAAAAUUCCCGGAGGCAGUAUUGAAGAAAGCCACGUACUUAAAGGAAUUAUGCUGAACAAAGAUGUUACUCACCCAAAGAUGCAGCGUUGCAUUAAAAAUCCGCGAAUUUUGCUUUUAGAUUGCAAUUUGGAGUAUAAAAAAGGAGAAUCACAAACAAAUCUUGAGAUUAUGAAAGAUACUGAUUUUACUCGUGUUUUGGAAUUAGAGGAAGAGCAUAUCAAGAAAGUUUGCCAAGAUAUUGUUGCUGUUAAACCAGAUGUUGUAAUUACUGAAAAGGGUAUUGCUGAUCUUGCCUCACACUUUCUAUUGAAAGCAGGAAUUUCGGCAAUUCGACGCGUUCGUAAAUCAGAUAAUAACAGAAUUGCACGAGCAUGUGGUGCAACAAUAGUAAAUCGUACUGAAGAACUCCGUGAAGAAGAUGUUGGUACUGGGGCUGGACUUUUUGAGAUUAAAAAAUACGGUGACGACUAUUUCUGUUUUAUUACCGAAUGUACUAAUCCGAAAGCAUGUACAAUAGUACUGCGUGGAGCAAGUAAAGAUGUUUUAAAUGAAACCGAAAGGAAUUUACAAGAUGCUCUUCAUGUAGCUCGUAAUUUAUUGAUGGAACCCAAAUUAGUGCCUGGUGGUGGUGCUACUGAAAUGGCUGUUUCAAAACUUUUGACUGAAAAAGCCGCUGCCAUAGCUGGUGUUGAACAGUGGCCUUAUAAAGCAGUAUCACAAGCUUUAGAUAUUAUUCCAAAAACAUUGGCUCAGAAUUGUGGUGCUAAUAUUAUCCGUAUACUGACUGCGUUACGUGCUAAACAUGCAACUGAAGGUAAUACUUGGGGUAUUGACGGUGAAACUGGUGAGAUUGUUGAUAUGAAAAUACGAGGCAUUUGGGAUCCACUAAGUGUUAAAAUGCAGACUUAUAAAACAGCUAUUGAGACUGCUAUUUUAUUGUUGAGAAUAGAUGAUAUUGUUUCUGGUAUAGUUUACAGACUUGGAAUUUUUCACCUCUCACAUUUUUAA